GGGAGCCGUGGUCCACCUGUUCAGCCCCGCCCUGCUGGACCCAGGCGAGGCCUGCCACCUAGUGGACCCAGGGAGGAGCAUCAGGAAGGGCGGCCCCGGCCUGUGGGGGGAGAAGGCUCAGGCAGGCUGGGGCUGUAGGAGAUUCCACACCGAGUCAGAGCCGGAGCUGGAACCAGACCUUACAAAAAGCAGGCAGAGCUGACCUCUGGCUAUGGGGGAAGAGAGCCCCAGACCUCAGGCUGAGAAGGCAGAGCUGAUCUCUGGCUAUGGGGGGAUAGAGUCCCUACUCUCAGACCCUGGGCUGAAGGGUCAGAGCCCACACUUCAGGCUGCAAGAGGACAGGACUCACACCUAAGGCUGGGCAGGACAGAUGGAGUCUGGGACUUUGAGGGGGCAUUGGGUGGUCCAAGCCCUCAAGGAAGAUUUCUCUUUUUUUUUUUUUUUUUUGAGACAGAAUCUUGCUCUGUUGCCCAGGCUGGAGUGCAAUGGCGUGAUCUCGGCUCACUGCAACCUCUGCCUCCUGGAUUCAAGCCAUUCUCCUGCCUUAGCCUCCCGAGUAGCUGGGAUUACAGGUGCCUGCCACUAUGCCCGGCUAAUUUUUUGUAUUUUUAAUAGAAACAGGGUUUCACCAUAUUGGUCAGGCUGGUCUUGAACUCCUGACCUUGUGAUCCGCCCGCCUCGGCCUCCCAAAGUGCUGGGAUUACAGGUGUGAGCCACUGCGCCCGGCCUCCCUCAAGGAAGAUUUCAAGUAAAGUGGACGCCAGACUUCAGCAUGGACAGAGACCAGAGACCAGCCCAGAGACACCCGUCCCUUCACCCUACACUGCCCAAAUGGGGAGCCUGGGCAGCAGCUGGCUCCAGGAGCCCCCUGUGCCUGGAGCUGGGACCUUGCCGAGCUUCUGGGCCUCAAAGGGUUAACACCCCUGGCUCUCCUCCCCUCCCCUCCCCUCCCCUGGGCCUUUGACCCUCCCAGCCUCUCUCCUUCCCUCCACUGACACCUUUGCCCAGUGACGUUGGUCUGUCCCUGCACAGACCUGGCCAGAGGCUGGGGCUCCCUCCGGGGCUGCCAUGUUCUCUCUUCCAUCCCUCCCCUCCUGGCUCCCCGGCCUCCCCUCCCUCGAGUGGGGCUCUAGCCUCCUCGACUCCCUCCUGCAAGGCCUGAUCGGGGCCCUUGGAGUCUUGGUCCUGAACAGCCUCCUGAAAGUUUACUUCUUCGUGGGCUGUGCCAAUGACCCGCAGCGGCGGCCCGAGAAGGAGCGGCUUCGGGCCCAGUGGGCCUCGCUGGAAAUGGUGCACCUGGCAGGGCUGGCCCUGUUUCUGACGGUCGUGGGGUCCCGGGUGGCUGCCCUAGUGGUGCUCGAGUUCUCCCUCCGGGCCGUGUCCACGCUGCUGUCCCUGGGCAAGGGCUCCCAGGGCGCCACCGAGAGGCUGCAGCUCUACCUGCUGUGCCAGUACUCGCUGGGCUGCGGGCUGACCUGUGGCCUGAGCUUCCUGCAGGAGGGCGCCCCUCACCGCACGCUGAACCUGCUGCUGAGCCUCGGGCUGGCCACGCUGCUGGGCCUCGGUGCCCGGCGCCUCCACCGCCACGUCUGCCGCCUCUACGAGCUGCACAGCAGCCAGCUCUACUGUGGGGUGUGCCUGGGCCUGCUGGCCGGUGCACAUGGCCUCCCCCAGCUGCUGGGCCGCGCCCUGGCCGUGGCCUUUGCCGUGGGUGACCUGGCAGCUGUGGUCCUCAUCAACCAGGACUUCCUGACCACCUCGGAGGCCAUGCGGUUCUGGACACCGCUCACCAUCUGCUACACGCUGCUGGUCAUCUACAUGCAGGAGGAGCAGCGGCAGCACCCCGGCCUGCAGAGCCAGGUGCAGACAGUGCUGGUACGCAUGGGCGGCCUCUUCAUGCUGCUGCUGACCGUGGGUCGCUGGCUGGACCUGCUGGGCAUCCUCGUCUCCCUGCUGGGCGAGCUCUGGUGUCUGGUGGGCGUCCGCACCCUGCUUGACCUCUGCCAGAUACAGGAUUUUCCAUCCCAGAGGCCACCAGUGUCAACACCAAGCCAGCCCCUGCCCUCGGCACCCCAGCCCCAGAGUUCGGCCCCCUCCUGACCUGCCUCAGGGAGGAUCUGGAGUCUGUCUCAAGCCCACCAGCCUGACCUGCGAGGCCUUGACCCCAGGGUGAUGCCUGGAGGCAGAGUGGCAGAGCUGGCCGCCUGCCCGGAGCUCAGCGCAGGCCCUGGGAGCCCCGAGAAGGGAAGGCAGGAUUUGGGGAUGGGAGCCUCUGGAGAGGGGACACCUGGGGACCCUGGUUGAACCCUCUUUUUCUUGGGGUGGGCAAUGAUGCAGCCUCUCAGACCUGCCUUCCUGGGCAGGGGUGGGGGUGCAUCCUCAGGAGGGCUCCCCCUUUACUGAUCUCCCUUCCCUUCUCCAUGAACAAUAAAGACGAUGACUUUCUCAA